AUGUGGCCUGCAGUCAGUUCCAAAGAGGCGUGCGCCCCGAUAAAAGACCCGUAUAAAGCCCUAGGCGUCAGCAAGAGCGCGUCAUCAUCCGAUAUCAAGAAGGCCUACUACGGCCUCGCGAAAAAGUUUCAUCCUGAUACAAACAAAGACCCGAAAGCCAAAGACCAGUUCGCCGAAGUACAGUCCGCCUACGAGAUCCUUUCCGACCCAAAGAAGAAGGAGCAGUACGAUCAGUUUGGCGCUUCCGCCUUCGAUCCCAAUGCUGGGCCAGGCGGUCCGGGCGGCGACCCAUUCGGAGGAGCCGGCGGUCCAUUCUCGGGUUUCGGAGGCUUCGGCGGAGGGGCAGGUGGUUUUGGCGGGCAGGGCUUCAACUUUGACGACAUCUUCAGCCAGGCUUUCGGAGGCGGCGCUAGAAGGGGCGGGAGGAACCCCUUCCAGCAGGAGACAGCUGUGGUUGGUGACAACAUCGAGGUGCAGACAACCGUAUCCUUUGUCGAGGCCGCCAAGGGCACGAGCAAGACCAUUACCGUCACGCCGUUGGUGUCAUGCGGCACCUGCGGUGGCAACGGAUUGAAGGAGGGCGCAAAGCGCACUGCAUGCCAAAGCUGCGGUGGCAGUGGCACGAGGGUACAUUUUAUGUCGGGCGGCUUCCAGAUGGCCUCGACAUGUGGGGCCUGCGGUGGAUCUGGAACGACGGUCCCCAAGGGCUCACAAUGCAAGCCUUGCAAGGGUGACGGCGUGGUGAGAGAGCGGAAGACGCUGACGGUGGAUAUCCCCGGUGGCAUUGAAGAUGGUAUGAGAUUACGCGUGGACGGCCAGGGCGAUGCACCUGCCAUGGGAGCAGCAGACCCAAGCGCAAGGGGCAUCAAGGGCGAUCUGUUUGUGUUUGUCCGUGUCGCGCCAGACCAGAAGUUCAGCAGAGCCGGCUCCGAUAUCCUCUACACAGCCACAUUACCCUUCACGACAGCAUUGUUAGGUGGAGAGGUCACGGUGCCUACCCUUGACGGCCAAGUCAACGUCAAGGUUGCGACUGGCACGUCGACGGGUGACAAGAUGACCUUGGCAGGCAUGGGAAUGAAGAAGCUGAGCGGCCGCCGUGUGGGCUCCGGUGAUCUGAAGGUGGAGUUCAAGGUGAACAUGCCCAAGUAUCUGACAGCCAACCAGCGGACGCUCGUGGAGAUGCUGGCGGAUGAGGUAGGAGACAAGACGGCAAAACGCGUCAUGAUCAAGCCCUCUGCCGGGUCACAGGCAACAUCCAACAGCGAUGCAUCAAAGACGGCGGAGGACCACCAGAACGAAGGGUUUCUGAAGUCAAUAUGGCAUAACCUGACCAAUCACCCAGCUCACCGGCAGGGCAAUGAGUCCGAGGGCAAGACCGAUAACAAAGCAGAUUCGAACAAGACAGAUGGUGAAAAGAAGGAGUAG